AUGCGAAACACAACCUGUUUCCUCCCCAAUGGACUCACUUUCACCGUGUCGCCCGUUUUUGGUGGGGUCACCUUUAAAUCCAACGACGCGAGCGCUCACAACUCCACCUUUCCACCAGGUUGGACGAUUAUCAUCCACAGUGAGAAAACUGCUGGGAAAUCCCCCGAAGAACGCGGUAGAACAGGCUCUGACAAAGGCCUCCCCGCUGCGGAAAAUGACGACCAAAACUUCUAUCGCUUCACCAAACCCACCUUGAAUCGCGACUGCCUCUACAUCUCCUACAUAGUCAACCCACCUUCUAGCGAAUUCAAGCCCGUCACCUCCCCGACACGUCAGAUCGCCAUGAUGCUCUGGGCCACAAUGUGUUGGUACUUCCACGAGCCCGAACCGGACCUGCACCUGGACACGGCAGCAUCGAGCGCGACACCACACUCGGGAAAGCCAACGGGGGAUUGGCGAGUGAACAUCAAGCGUGAGGGAAUCUUCAAAGGCCGAAAUCUGCUCCAGAAGCUCGAGCGAAUGGGCCUGAUGUGCAGCGAGGACUCUUCCGUCGGUCUUCAACCCGUCGAGACACGCGACUCGAGCAGCUGGUCCAACAUGUUCGUGAGCCGUCGCAGCUUCUGGCAGCUCGAUCCGCGCCUUUUCCUAUUUACUCUCACACCUCGUGCACCUUCUUCUCCCUCUUUGACCCCCCUCCAAUCUCGGCAUGCUUCUCCGGCCCGCGAUGUCCUGCCCAACCCUGGGAUGCUGCCACCAACGGAAGCAGUUUUCCAUACUACGAAUGUCCCGCCAUUCAGCUCGAAUGGUCCUUUCACGUCGGCGAGCCACUUGCCUACGUAUUAUCCACCUGCACCUACGCAAUAUACAUUCACCAAUGGAGUCCGCCACCCCAUUCGAUCCAAGCCGCCACACCAAGGCGAGGUCUUCUACGUGCGCUAUAUACCCAGCGUGGCCCAGUGGCUAUCGUUCCGAGUACCGUACCUUCCUAUGACUACACCUGCGCCAGCUUCUGGGUCUAGCAGUGGCAGUCGACCGCCGACGCCCAAGGCUGUGAGUUCCUCGGUCACAGGGAUCGAGCAGCAUCUCUCUCUAAAUGUCCCUUCUGAUUUGGACACCUUGCAUCGGUGGAUGAACGAUCCUCGAGUUGACGCGGCGUGGGGUGUUGGCGGAGAGCGCUCGGUUCAGGAGAAGUUCCUGCUACAGAAUUUGACAAGCCGGCAUAGUUUCCCUGUGAUUGGAUGCUGGGAUGGAAAGCCGUUUGGAUACUUUGAGAUCUACUGGGUAAAAGAGGAUGGACUGGGACGGUUAUUGGAUCAUGUCCAUAACUAUGAUCGCGGUAUUCAUCUUCUUAUUGGUGAACAGGAGUUCCGGGGUUCGCACCGCGUUGCCAUUUGGCUGAGUGCCUUGGUGCACCACUGCUUUGUGUCGGAUAUGAGGACUGAGGCGGUAUACCUUGAACCCCGGGUGGAUAACACGAAGCUCAUCGGCUACCUCCAAGACGCAGGCUUCUUCAAAGAGGGCGAAGUGAGCUUCCCGCACAAGCGAUCCGCUGUGAUGAAGAUCAAGCGCGAGUUCUGGGAAGCUCCAGCUCUGUAG